AUGCGGGAAUUCUCCACGUGCUGCACCAAUUUUCUUAGCCGUGCUGGCCGCGGGGGGCGGAUGCCGCAGAUGCGCAGCAGGAUUCCUUGUUUGGCAGCUUUCUGGCUAAUGCUUGCGGCCUUGCUUCACUGCAGGUUUCCGCUGUUCACUUUUCGCUGGCCCGGGCCAAAGCCACAAUGGCGUGUUUCUGUGCAUCAGAAGUGCGCAGGCCGAAAUGCCCGCAGUGCAGCCCACAUUGCCUUGGCCAAAGCAGCCAGACAGACAGAAGAGGCCGCCAUAGAUCCCACCGCAUACCGGGAAAAUCGGAUAAAACAGUUGAAAGAGACUGGUGUGGAAGCCUACCCGCAUAUGUGGGAAGUCAACACCUCCUUGGCAAAAUUGAUCGCUGACUAUUCUGACCUGGAAGAUGGUGCUCGGGUGGAUGAGGUGGAGGUCAGGAUAGCUGGCCGUGUGAAGAGUCUGAGAUCCUCCGGGGCAAAAUUGAAGUUCUAUGACCUUUCCGAAGGUGAAGACCGAAUCCAGGUGAUGUGCAGCCCUCAAAUGCAUGAGGGAGAAGACUUCAAGGAAGUUCAUGCAAACAUUCAUCGUGGAGACAUCAUUGGCGUCCGCGGAGUGAUUGGGAAAUCCAAACGCGGAGAACUUUCAGUCUUUCCUCGAGAAGUGAAACUACUUUCGCCAUGUUUGCACAUGUUGCCCAAAGACUAUUCAGGUUUGAAAGAUCAGGAAACAAGAUAUCGCAAGAGAUAUUUGGAUUUGAUGAUCAACGAAGAUGUGCGCAAAACCUUCCGGCUGAGAUCUGCAGUAACGAAUUACAUCAGGCGCUAUCUUCAGGAAAAAGGUUUCCUGGAAGUUGAGACGCCCAUGAUGAAUGCAAUCGCAGGCGGUGCCUCUGCCAAGCCCUUCAUUACCAGACACAAUGAGCUAGACAUGGAUUUGUACAUGCGAAUUGCCCCGGAGCUUUACCUGAAACAGCUUGUUAUUGGUGGCCUGGACCGUGUUUUCGAGAUAGGCCGCAAUUUUCGCAACGAGGGAAUCGACCUCACACACAACCCAGAGUUCACAACCUGUGAAUUUUACAUGGCCUACGCAGACUAUGACCAGAUGAUGAAUCUCACCGAGGAACUCAUCAGUGGAAUGGUCUUGGAACUGACUGGUGGCUAUGUGACUGAAUAUCAUCCCAAUGGACCGGAAAAAGAUGCCGUCUCAAUCGACUUCACGCCCCCCUGGCCCCGCAUCUCAAUGGUGGAAGAGAUUGAGAAACACACCGGCAAAAGUUUGCCCCGGAACUUUGAAGAUGAGUCUGCCCGGGAGGUCCUUGAUGACUUGGUGAAGUCGUUACGCCUGGAUUGCCCAGCACCUCGAACGGCGCCGCGGCUGUUGGACAAGCUUUGUGGCCACUUCAUUGAGGAUCACAUUGUGAGCCCCACCUUCAUCAUUGAGCACCCUCAGGUGAUGAGUCCACUGGCCAAGUGGCAUCGCAGCAAGGAAGGUCUGACAGAGCGCUUUGAGAUGUUUGUGAUGGGCAAGGAGCUCUGUAAUGCCUACACUGAGCUGAACGAUCCUGAACGGCAGCUGGCUUGUUUCCAGGACCAAGCCGUGGCAAAGAGCCAAGGUGAUGAGGAGGCGCAAAACGUGGAUCAAGGCUUUGUUAUCGCACUGGAACAUGGCCUGCCACCCACUGGCGGCUGCGGUUGUGGCAUCGAUCGCUUGGUCAUGCUGCUGGCAGAUAAGAACAACAUCAAGGAGGUGAUUCUUUUUCCAGCGAUGAAGCCACAACCCACAGAUUGAUGACGACUACCAACACUCGAUGCCUUGGCAAAAAGCA